AUGAAGUACGCGAAAAUAGCGUUGCCGCUGGCCACGACAGCCCUCUCCAUAGUGCUGCUCUACGACACGGCGAUGAGUCGUCUACGGCCAGCGACGCGUAAAAAUCGCCUUGCCGAGAAGUUCUACGCGACUCUCGACGCUGAAAGACGCUACUCGCUGAAAAAGCUGGACGACAUCUCCCUUCUUCUCACCUGGAACUCUGAUGUUCGUUAUGACAGGGAAAAUUUCUGAGGCAUCACCAAUGUGAUUGAAAAUUUUGUGGCAGGUAGUCUAGAGCUAUUACUCGAAAAAAAAAAACGCUAAUUUUCAUAAAAGCAUUUCAAAAUGUAAAAAAGAAGCUCAAGAAUUGAUUUUAAUCGAAUUUAUCGAAGCCAAAAAGAACUCUUCCGGAUGAAAGCCUCAUGAGCAACACGAGAUAAAAAAAAAUUUCCAUCGAAAACUCCGGAAAGAAACUUUUCGUCCGUUUUCCUAUAAGACACGCUUUUUAAAUUUACGUCAUUAUUUUUUUCUGACCAGGUGAGUUUCUGGUGAGUAAAUUUGUACCAAAUCUGUUAUGUAUACGUUAGAAACUUCCCUAGAAAGUUUAAAAGUUUAAAAGUUUAAAGUUUAAACUACGCAUAAAAAUUUUUGCAGAAGUUGCCAGAAAGAAAUUCCAACGAAACGGCCGAAGAAAUGUGCCAAAAUGGAACAAAUUGUCUACCCGCCUUCGAGCCAUUCGAAACGGAGCUGAGGGCAGUUGACCGUUGUUCGAUUUUCCUCAAGAAGGAAGCUUUCCAGAUUCUUCCAAAGUACAAAAUGUCGACGUGCGUCGUCCAGAAGAGCAUGUCGACUGUGAUGACGUCACUUUUCUGCUUCUUGUUCGACGAAGCCAGCUUCAUUGGGGAGAAUCGCGAUAUUCUCAAAGACUGGAAAUACGUUAGGUAAUAUUGGUAUAGUCAAUUAAAGUUGCAAAUCGUGUUUGAAUAUUUCCUGUCCCGCCGAAAUCCGCGUUGCGUCAAGAAAAAUUGACUUUUCAUUCCAUUAGUCACACUUGAAACAGCGUAAUUUUUCUGCGUCCUCUUCUUCACACUAGUUUUUUUUAGAGAUGAGAGAGCGCAGUUAGGUCAGACUGUACAAAUUGUCACCAAUGUUAUAGUUACUUUGAAUAAAAUUGCCGAGUUACAGACUGUGCAUGGGAAAAAACGAGCAUUCGUCGAUGAACACCAUGCUGCACAAGUACAACGUGGGCCUUCAGAUUUGAUUAUUGAAGUCUAUUUGGGAAUUCAGGCCGUGAACGACAAGAAAUGGACACACAUCAUGAUCACCCGGGACCCCGUCGACCGAUUUCUCUCCGGCUUCAUUGACAAAUGCGUCAGGUGA